AACUUUUUCUUUACGUCGAUCAAUAGCAAAACAGUGACCGGGGCAUUCGCGAACGAUGGAUUUCUAGGUGCAAAAGCACCGUCCAUCCGAACGAAUUUGUCGCUAAAAGCAGCAUAAAAUGCUCCCAGUGUUAUUCAGCGUGGUGUAAUGCAUAAAUUUCUCGCAAACGGGCGAAUAUGGUGCGACCUCGUUCGUCAAACCGGGCCCAAACUCAGCGGUCGUCCUCCGUUUGCCUUCUGCACUCGGUUGGACACUACUGGCACAUCAUCGUGUGCGGUGCAUCUGUACGCUAUCAGGAAACGGCAUAGCGGAAGUAAUGAAACCGACUCGACACAGUUUAGCAGAGAUGCAUCACAAACAUCUCCUGUGCAUCGACCGGCGGCCGUUCCUUUGGGUCUCCCAUUGUCUGUAAUACCGCCGGUAGUGGACGCCAAAGCGUUAGUUAGUGAAAUUAGUAAAUCCGUAGGACUACCGGCGGGAAGCACGCUUAGCAAAAAAUCAUCAGUGAAAUUCAUCAGUGAAGAUGGAACGAAGGAACCCGUGGUUGCCUCCGUGACGUCACUUCCUGGCUUAAGCAGGUUGAUUUAUCACUAUCUGAUGUUAUCAAAGAUCCGAUUAACUUCUCUUGUGGUAAUGACCUCGAUGGCCGGAUAUGCGAUGGCACCAGGAUCGUUCGAUAUAGGAACAUUUCUUCUUUGUUCCGCCGGCACCACGCUUGUUUCGGGUGCGGCAAACUCCAUCAAUCAGGUUAUUGAAACUUCGUUCGAUGCACAAAUGGCCCGCACGCGCAAUCGUGUGCUCGUAAAAGGAUAUCUUUCGCGAUUGCAUGCAGUCGGAUUUGCACUCGGUGCUAGCACAGUCGGAUGCAGUAUGCUGUACUUCGGUGUGAACGAAAUGACAGCCGCACUGGGUGCUGCAAACCUAAUCCUUUACACCAGCAUCUACACCCCAAUGAAACGCUACAGUAUUUUAAACACUUGGGUUGGGUCGGUAGUCGGUGCCAUUCCACCUCUGAUGGGAUGGGCGGCUUGUACUGGUGGGGAUCUUGGGGCCGGUGCUUGGAUCCUGGCCGGCUUGCUAUACUGUUGGCAGUUUCCCCAUUUCAAUGCGCUGUCGUGGAAUAUUCGGCCAGAAUACCUGAAGGCUGGGUAUAAAAUGAUGGCGAAUUCCCAUCCGGCCCUCUGUACACGUGUUUCACUUCGUCAUACCGGUUUUAUUACGGGCCUUUCACUAUUGGCUCCAGUACUGGACGUGACGAAUGUUUGGUUUGCUUUGGAAACACUUCCACUGAAUGCAUAUUUUGCUUACCUUGCCUGGGAAUUCCAUCAGAAAGCGGAUAGCAAAAGCUCCCGGAAGUUGUUCCGCUUUUCGUUGCUACAUUUGCCACUGCUAAUGGCACUGUUUCUGUUGAACAAAAAGCAUUGGCUGUUUAGGGAGGAUAACAAGAGCGAUGUGGUAGAAUUGGAAGGCGGUAUAGCGAAAGGUGCCAUGGCAACGGGUGUGUUUGUGAGUAGUGGAGAGACGAAAGAUAAUGGAAGUGAAUACCUUGUACCAAAUAUUGUGGCAGACAUUGGGGCUCCGGCACCAUAUCCUGCAAGCAUCAAGGCGAUGGAAGAUAGUCUGCUAUCGAAUGUGGCCACUGUACUUCCUACGGCAGGCAAGCAGAAGCUUUGAACAGAUGAAUGUUACAACAGGUGUAAUUGUACAAAGGCAAUAGAUUUACGAAGUGAUAUAGAAUCAAUGAUCAAUAAAAUGGCCCCUGAAACAAAAUA